AUGGAUGACCUGAACUUCCUUGGAACUGUUUACCCACAGGAAGCCGCUGGAACCGCACAUAUGCAGCCCACGGAGUGUGAAGCUUGGAUCAACACCCAUCUCGAGGGGCUAGAGCUGUUUCUUGACUCCUCAGCUCCCCCUCCUCCUGCUUCAAUUUACCGAAGUUCAGGUGCUGGAGAGGAAUCAGGUGCUGGAGAGGAAUCAGGUGCUGGAGAGGAAUCAGGUGCUGGAGAGGAAUCAGGUGCUGGAGAGGAAUCAGGUGCUGGAGAGGAAUCAGGUGCUGGAGAGGAAUCAGGUGCUGGAGAGGAAUCAGGUGCUGGAGAGGAAUCAGGUGCUGGAGAGGAAUCAGGUGCUGGAGAGGAAUCAGGUGCUGGAGAGGAAUCAGGUGUGAGGUUGUUUGCAGUUGAUCGAUCUUGGGGGGUUUCCACAUUUGCCGAUCUUCGUUUUUAUGAUUAG